AUGGAACAGACAUAUCAAUAUGCGUGGAUAAUUCCUUUCCUUCCACUUCCAGUUCCUAUGUUAAUAGGAGCGGGACUUCUUCUUUUUCCGUCGGCAACAAAGAGUCUUCGCCGUAUGUGGGCUUUUCAAAGUGUUUUUUUGUUAAGUAUAGUCAUGCUUUUUUCGAUCAAUCUGUCUAUUCAGCAAAUAAAUGGAAGUUCUAUCUAUCAAUAUGUAUGGUCUUGGAUCAUAAAUAAUGAUUUUUCUUUAGAAUUCGGUUACUUGAUCGACCCGCUUACUUCUAUUAUGUCAAUAUUGAUUACUACUAUUGGAAUUAUGGUUCUUAUUUAUAGUGAUAAUUAUAUGUCUUAUGAUCAAGGAUAUUUGAGAUUUUUUGCUUAUAUGAGUUUUUUCAGUACUUCUAUGUUAGGAUUAGUUACUAGUUCGAAUUUGAUACAAAUUUAUAUUUUUUGGGAAUUGGUAGGAAUGUGUUCAUAUCUAUUAAUAGGGUUUUGGUUCACACGGCCUGUUGCUGCAAAUGCUUGCCAAAAGGCAUUUGUAACUAAUCGUGUUGGGGAUUUUGGUUUAUUAUUAGGAAUUUUAGGCUUUUAUUGGAUAACAGGGAGUUUCGAAUUUAGAGAUUUGUUCAAAAUAUUAAAUAACUUGAUUUCUAAUAAUGAAGUCAAUUUUUUAUUUGUUACUUUCUGUGCUGUUCUAUUAUUUGCCGGUGCAGUUGCUAAAUCUGCACAAUUUCCCCUUCAUGUAUGGUUACCGGAUGCCAUGGAGGGUCCUACUCCUAUUUCGGCUCUUAUACAUGCUGCUACUAUGGUAGCUGCGGGCAUUUUUCUUGUAGCUCGGCUUAUUCCUCUUUUCAUAGUUAUCCCUCAUAUAAUGAAUUUCAUCUCUUUGGUAGGAGUAAUAACAAUAUUAUUCGGAGCAACUUUUGCCCUUGCUCAAAAAGACAUUAAGAGAGGUUUAGCCUAUUCCACAAUGUCUCAAUUGGGUUAUAUGAUGUUAGCUCUAGGUAUGGGGUCUUAUCGAAGUGCUUUAUUUCAUUUGAUUACUCAUGCUUAUUCCAAAGCAUUAUUAUUUUUAGGAUCUGGAUCCGUUAUUCAUUCAAUGGAAACUCUUGUUGGCUAUUCUCCAAAUAAAAGUCAGAAUAUGGUUUUUAUGGGGGGUUUAACAAAGCAUGUCCCAAUUACCAAAACCUCCUUUUUAUUAGGUACACUUUCUCUUUGUGGUAUUCCGCCGCUUGCUUGUUUUUGGUCCAAAGAUGAAAUUCUUAAUGAUACUUGGUUAUAUUCACCAAUUUUUGCAAUAAUAGCUUGGUUUACAGCGGGAUUAACCGCAUUUUAUAUGUUUCGAAUCUAUUUACUUACUUUUGAAGGACAUUUAAACGUUCAUUUUCAAAAUUAUAGUGGCAAAAAGAAUACUCCCUUCUAUUCAAUAUCUUUAUGGGGUAAAGAAGAUUCAAAAAGAAUUAACAAAAAUUUUAGUUUAUUAACAAUGAAAAAUCCUGAGAUUUUUUCUUUUUUUUCAAAAAAAACGUAUCAAAUUGAUCAGAAUGCAAGAAACAUCACACAACCCUUUAUUACUAUUACCCGUUUUGGAAAUAAGAAGUUUUUUUUGUAUCCUUAUGAAUCGGAUAAUACUAUGUUAUUUCCUAUACUUGUAUUGGUUCUAUUUACGUUGUUCGUUGGAUCCCUAGGAAUUCCUUUCAAUCACGAAGGAGUGCGUUUGGAUAUAUUAUCAAAAUGGUUAACCCCGUCUAUAAACCUUUUACAUAAAAAUUUGAAUAAUUCUAUAGGUUGGUAUGAAUUUUUGAAAGAUGCUCUUUUUUCAGUUAGUAUAGCUAUUUUUGGAAUAUUUAUAGCCUUCUUUUUAUAUAAACCUGUUUAUUCAUCUUUACAAAAUUGGGACUUAAUUAACUCUUUUGUUAAAACAGGUCCUAAAAGAAUUCUUUUGGACAAAAUAAUAAAUGGUAUAUAUGAUUGGUCAUAUAAUCGUGGUUAUAUAGAUGCUUUUUAUGCAAGAUUCUUUAUUGGGGGAAUAAGAGGAUUGGCCAAGUUAACUUCUUUUUUUGAUAGACGAGUAAUUGAUGGAAUUACUAAUGGAGUUGGUGUUUUGAGUUUCUUUUUAGGUGAAGGUAUCAAAUCUAUAGGUGGGGGGCGCAUCUCUUCUUAUCUUUUCUUGUAUUUCUUUUUUGUAGCAAUCCUUUUAUUAAUUAUUAAUUUUUAUUAAUUUUUUUAUUAAUUUAAACUCGAUCCCGAUUCUCUAUCCAAUUUACUGAUUAAAGUAAAUAAAUGACGAUUUUCCGUUGAAAAGGUUUUUUUAUCAAAUUGGUCUAUUUUCUGUUCAAAUUCUUGGUAAUCAGUAUCAGGAAGAAGGAGACUAUGAAUCUUAUUAAUUUCCAAUGUCUCUAUGAAAUUUUCUAACGAAAUUUUAUUUAUGAUUGAAGGUGAAAUUUUUUUUUGGAUUGUUCCCCGAUAUAACCCAUUCAAAAUGGGAUCAUACAUUUUAG